ACCACCUGCCUCCGCUUCCCUGGCCAGCUCAAUGCUGACCUCCGCAAGUUAGCUGUUAAUAUGGUCCCCUUCCCACGUCUCCCUUUCUUUAUGCCUGGCUUUGCCCCUCACACCAGCCGUGGAAGCCAGCAGUAUCGAGCUCUCACAGUGCCUGAACUCACCCAGCAGGUCUUCGAUGCCAAGAACAUGAUGGCUGCCUGUGACCCCCGCCACAGCCGAUACCUCACCGUGGCUGCUGUCUUCCGUGGUCGGAUGUCCAUGAAGGAGGUCGAUGAGCAGAUGCUUAACGUGCAGAACAAGAAUAGCAGCUACUUUGUGGAAUGGAUCCCCAACAAUGUCAAGACAGCCGUCUGUGACAUCCCACCUCGUGGCCUCAAGAUGGCUGUCACCUUCAUUGGCAACAGCACAGCCAUCCAGGAGCUCUUCAAGCGCAUCUCAGAGCAGUUCACUGCCAUGUUCCGCCAGAAGGCCUUCCUCCAUUGGUACACAGGCGAGGGCAUGGACGAGAUGGAGUUCACCGAGGCUGAGAGCAACAUGAAUGACCUCGUCUCUGAGUAUCAGCAGUACCAGGAUGCCACCGCAGAAGAGGAGGAGGAUUUCGGUGAGGAGGCUGAAGAGGAGGCCUAAGGCAGAGCCCCUAUCACCUCAGGCUUCUCAGUUCCCUUAGCUGUCUUACUCAACUGCGCCUUUCCUCUCCCUCAGAAUUUGUUUGCUACCUCUAUCUUUUUUUUUGUUUUGUUUUCUUCUGGGGGGUCUAGAAUAGUGCCUGGCACAUAGUAGGCACUCAAUAAAUACUUGUUGGUUGAAUGUCUCCUCUCUCUUUCCACUCUGGGAAACCUAGGUUUCUGCCAUUCUUGGUGACCCGGUAUUUCCUUCGGGUGCCCAUUCCUUCCAUUUGUCCAGUUAAUAUUCCCCUGUUAAAAAUCUGCAAGAAGCUGGGUCUCAUCUAGAUCCCAUUUAGAACCAACCAGGUGCUGAAAACGUAUGUAGAUAAGGGCAACCAUCCUAAGUGCAAAGUAGAAAAUGGUAGAAGGUAGUGGGAUAGAAGUCACUGUAAGGAAGGGGAUGGGAUUUUUCCAUUCUAAAAGUUUUGGAGAGGGAAACCCAAGCUAUUAAAAGUCAUUAAUUUCUACGUAUUUCCAUUUCCCAUCUCAGCUUCAAGGGAGGUAUUAGCAGUAUUAUUUCCAUUUUCGAUCUCCCUCCAAGCUCUACCUUUUGGAGGGGUCUGCCUCACUCUGUCAAGUGGAAUCCUUCCCUCUCCAACUCUACCUCCCUCACUCAUUAAACUCCUUUCCCCUGAUCAGAGAAAGGGAUCAAGGGGGGAAAGAGACCAGCCUUGGUCCCUAAGCCUCCACAAAUGUCCUCCUAACCCCCCACCUUUUCUUGUCCCCAAAAAGGAAUUAACAUCCCUAUGUGGAAUGGUGUAUACUGCCACAUCAGUGUUUGAGUCAAUGCCCAGAGGAGGGGGGGAACCUCCUCCAUCUUUUUUGCAACAUCUCAUAUCUUCCCUUUGCUGUUGCUUCCCCCCACCACACACUUGAUUUUGUUCUAUCCUACAUUUGAGAUCUAUUUUGUGUUGAACUUGCUGCUUUUUUUCAUAUUGAAAAGAUAACAUUGCCCCAAGAGCCAAAAAUAAAUGGGAAUUG